AUGGGCGGCGCCCAGGCUGCAAAGCGGGCGCUGGUUAAGGUUAUCUUGGCCCUGGCACUCACGCACGGGGUUCAGGUGAGCAUCAAUCGCGAUUCGCCCGACCCUGCAAUUCUGUCUGCGCUGCGGCGCGUGGACUCCAAGGAUUACCGUAAACAGUCGCAGGGCGUCAUGGUCACCAUCCUUGGUUUCACUGAUCACGCCCAGUGGCUGCGGUUCGUGGCUGCCCGGGUAACCCGCGAGCGGGAGAUUGCGGAGAGGACCAAACGCAUCCGGAGCAAUCCCGACUUGCACAAGCCAUACCCGCCGGUGCCUGCUGCUCAGGAGUGGCUGUCGCGGUUCGCCGUUGACCGGCUCCGCUACCCCAUUCUCGUGGUCAUCGGCCCCUCGAUGUCCGGGAAAACGGAGUGGGCGCAGAGCCUCUUCGCGUGCCCGUUGGAGUGCAAGAUCGGCCGCCGCCGCCUCGGCCUUGCCAGCGCCCCCCGCCGCGAGCUGGACCUGUCCCGCGCUCUGCGCCCGGGGCGGCAGGUGGUGCACCCCAAGAGCUUAGACACCCGGAACGCAACCCGCGUGCUGGCCCUCAGGGAUGGAAAGGGCUUGGCUUUCACCGAUAUCGCCGACCGAGUGUGGAACGUGUCGGGAGAGCGGCCGACGCCUCGGACGCGCGCGAACACUUACUGGGGCCUGAAGAGCACGCGGCGCCGCCAGGCGCCCCGCUACGACAAGUGCGGGCGCAAGCCGUGGAAGCUGACAGAAGACGUGACGAAGCACAUCCUCAAGCGCAUGGUGGCGCUCCGGAAGAAGGGACCGUGUACUGCGUCCACGCUCCAGCAGGACGUGGCCGCGGCCAAGGGGGUGGACCUCGACCUGAGCCUCAUCCGCCGGACUCUCAGGGAGGCGGGGUACCGCUGGCUGCCCCGCAUGAAGCGGAGGGUGUACACGCGCGAGGAGAAGGAGGAACGCGCCGCGUUCUGCAAGUCUGUCGUCGACACGACAGAGGCGCAGCUGACCGCCCGUCUCUGCAUGAGCCUUGACGGAGUGGUGCUGACCAUGCCGCCGUCCAAGGAGUCCGACAGAAUGGUGUUCCUCCGGAACGGGGAGCACAUGAUCUGGCGGAAGCCAGACGAGGACGCCGUGGAGUCGACGGCGGGCAAGACGAGCUACGACCACCAGGUGCCGUUGUCCCGAGCGGUCCCGAUGUGGGGUGGGGUCGGGAAAGAGGGGGCGGCGGCGGUUCUGUUCCACGACAACAAGAAGGUCACCAAGGAGGAGUGGGCAGAGGCGGUGGCCAGCGGGGACUUCCAGGCGGCCGUGAAGGCGACGUCGGGGAAGGCGCGCGGGCCGUGGACUGUCCUGUGCGACAACGAGCGCUUCCUGAGUUCCAAACUGUGCGAGGCCGCCCACAAGAAGGCAAAGGUGUCCACGUGGCACGUGCCUGCGCGGUCGCCUGACCUGAACCCAGUUGAGAGGUACUGGAGCUGGUUGCGCAGAAGGCUGCGCGCCCUGGACUUGAUGGAUGCCAAGGCGAAGAAGCCGGUCAUGUCGAAGGUGCAGUACAAGGCCCGCGUGCGCCGGGUCAUGAACACGGCGAGAUCGAAAACGGUCGCUGGCAACAUCGACCGAGGCUUCCGCAAGACGCGCAGGGAGAUCCACGCCCUCGGAGGUGGGGCUGCGAGGCGGGGUUGA